AUGAUGGAUCAUCUCAGCGAAUCCUGUCUGGGGAAAGAGAACUGUGAACUGGUCAACAGCAUGAACGAGGCCAAAGCCCCGCCGGCCAAGCUGGCUCGUCUGGAGCAGAACGGCAGCCCUCUCGGAAGGUCUCGCCUGGGAAGCACCGGCACCAAACACUCCGGGAUACCCUUCAAACCUGCCUCACAUCUACUUAAGACCUGCCACAAAAGGGGAAACAUGCUUCCCGUGUUCUGUGUGGUUGAACAUUACGAAAGCCCGGUCGAGUUCGACAGUAAAGAGGAACACGCCGAGUUUGUGCUCGUACGAAAGGACAUGCUCUUCAACCAGCUCAUCGAGAUGGCACUUCUCUCGCUCGGCUACUCUCACAGCUCUGCCGCGCAGGCCAAAGGGCUCAUUCAGGUGGGCAAGUGGAACCCCGUGCCCCUAUCGUACGUGACCGACGCCCCUGACGCCACGGUGGCCGACAUGCUUCAGGAUGUGUACCAUGUGGUCACUCUGAAAAUCCAGCUUCACAGUUGUCCUAAACUGGAGGACUUGCCGCCAGAGCAGUGGACUCACUCUACAGUAAGAAACGCCCUAAAGGAGUUACUCAAAGACAUGAACCAGAGCUCUCUGGCUAAAGAAUGUCCCUUAUCCCAGAGUAUGAUUUCAUCCAUUGUGAACAGCACUUACUAUGCAAAUGUGUCUGCAGCAAAGUGUCAGGAAUUUGGACGCUGGUAUAAACACUUCAAGAAGACAAAAGAUAUGAUUGUCGUUCGCCAGCCCUCCCAGCUGGAGGGCUACCUAGGGACGUGUGUCCUCCACGUCAGUCCGCGUGCCAACGCAGUAGCGGAGAUGGACGGUCUGUCUGACCUAUCUCCUCCGGGGACCAAUCACCUGAGCUUCAGCCAACCCAUCCCAGGCAGCACGGCAGAACAGCCCCCGUCCCCCGUCCCCCUACCCCACAGCGGCCAGGCCUCCGGCCGUCCCCAGCUCCCCUCCCUCCACCCGGGCUUGGUCUCCACCCCCAUCAGCCCCCAACUGGUCAACCAGCAGCUCGUCAUGGCCCAGAUCCUGAACCAGCAGUACGCCGUCAACCGUCUCCUGGCCCAGCAGUCACUCAACCAACAGUAUCUCAACCACCCGCCCGUCAACCGCCCUCUGAGCAAAUCCUUGGACGCGCAGGUGUCCUCCAACACGGAGGUGUCCUCUGAGAUCUACCAGUGGGUCAGAGAUGAGCUGAAGAGAGCCGGGAUAUCUCAGGCCGUCUUCGCACGCGUGGCUUUCAACAGGACCCAGGGCCUGCUCUCUGAGAUCUUACGUAAAGAGGAGGACCCGAAGACGGCCUCCCAGUCUCUGCUGGUCAACCUACGGGCCAUGCAGAAUUUUCUCCAGCUGCCCGAGGCGGAGCGAGACCGCAUCUACCAGGAGGAGAGGGAACGGAGCCUGACAGCCGCCUCCUCCAUGGGCCCCGCCCCCCUCAUCAGCACACCCCCCACACGCCCCGUGCAGCCCAGAAGAGAGGAGUGUAACAACGUCAGACCAGAGGACUGGAGUCCCAGGAUUCCUGUGGGAAUCUCUCCUGUGAAGCCAUCUCCUUUGCCCAGUGAGUGGAACGGAAAGUCAGAGAGUUGCGUGUUAAAUAUUAAUUCCUCCAUCUACGAGGAGAUUCAGCAGGAGAUGAAAAGGGCCAAAGUGUCGCAGGCUAUGUUUGCCAAGGUGGCCGCCUCCAAAAGCCAGGGCUGGUUGUGUGAGCUGUUGCGCUGGAAGGAGGAUCCUACACCAGAGAACCGUACCCUGUGGGAGAACCUGUCUAUGAUUCGCCGGUUCCUCAGUCUCCCGCAGGCCGAGCGAGACGCCAUAUACGAGCAGGAGAGUAACGGAGGACAACAGCACCAUGGUGACAGGCCCACACACCUCCUGCACGUCCCUACAGACACACUGCAGCAUCCGCCACCUCUGUCCCUACAGCACGCCUCCCAGCCCUCGCUAUCCCAGCAGCCUUUGCAGCAGCAUCAGCAGCAACAACAGCAGCAGCAGCAGGCAGGCCCCAGACUCCCGCCCCGCCAGCCCUCCACCGCCUCCCCGGCAGAGACGGAGGACGAGGGCAGAAGCAAGGGCCGUCAGGGUGGACGCAUCUCCCUAGAGGCCCUGGGAAUCCUACAGAGCUUCAUCCAGGACGUUGGGCCGUACCCGGACGAGGAGGCCAUCCACACCCUGUCUGCUCAGCUGGACCUGCCCAAGCAGACCAUCAUCAAGUUCUUCCAGAACCAGAGGUUCUACGUCAACCACUCGGGCAAGCUGAAGGCCGACUCGGCCGGUUUCCCAGACGACGAGCUGACGGCGGACUUCAAGGAGGGCGAACUGCUCAAAGAGCUGGACGAAAGCACGCAGACCAAUAACACCAUCUUCUCCAUCAAAGUGGAAGAGCAUCUGGCCAACGAAGCCCGGCUUGAGGCCGAACAAGAGGCCAAAGAGUAA